AUGCAGUCUAAACAACUGAGGAAACCAGAUACACAAACAGUAUCAAGUUCCUGUGAAAGCUUUUCCAGUACUAAUAUUGAAGCUAUAGAAGCUGUGGAAUCAGGUAAUUCCCCUAGAAAGAACAUCAAUUCAUUAUACUCAACAGUAGGAGCUAAUCAUGUUGAUACUAGCUCUGUUUCUAGCAGUCUUGGUGGUGACGAUAUUAGCAGUGAAGAUAGUGACUCUGAAAACUCUCAAGUACUUAGUGGCAAAGAGUUGAAGUCUGUGGAAAGCUUAAGUGAAGGUGAUCAUGACAUCAUAAGAGGACGUCCUUCAGCCUGUGUCUUUGUUGCCAGCUUAUGUUCGAACAAAACUGAUGAUGAAUUAUGCAUUUCUGUCACUGAACACUUUCAACAAUGGGGGAAACUAGCAACAGUAAAGGUUUUGAGAGAUACCUGUAAUCGUCCAUAUGCAUUUGUUCAAUACACUAAAGAUGAAGAUUCAAAGUUGGCAAUUGAAGAGGGUCACAAUUCUCUCUUAGAUGGUAGAAACAUUCGAUGUGAAGCGGCCAAGGUUAAUCGUACUUUAUUCAUCAGCUCAAAAUCAUUUCUCACUGAAGAACUUAUUCGUGAGAGGUUAAGUGCUUUUGGUGAAAUUGAAGAAUUAGUCCCAAGUAAUUCCAAGGGAGAAAUUUUCUCGUCUGGAAUUGCAUCUAGAGGUUACAGAAACUGGUUUUGUAAAUUUGUCUAUCGGGAUGAUGCAAUUAGGGCGUUUGCCAAUUUGACUGAAGAAAACCUUUAUCGUGUUGAUUGGGCUCAAAAUAUCGACAAGAGCAAUGCUAGGAACCACGUAACUUUUCAAUAUUCUCUGCAUAGCGAUGACAAUGAUGAAAACUUGGAAAAAUUGAAGUUUGACAAGUACUCAGUUUUUGUUGGCCAUUUAAACUCUGAGGUUGAAGAGAAUGAGCUCCAAGAUAGGUUUGAACGUCAUGGUACUAUCAGUGAAAUGAAUUUAGUGAAAAAGCCAAAUAACACCUUUGCCUUUAUUAAAUUCAAAAAGGAAAGUAGUGCUGCAAGUGCUGUUGAAAGAGAAAACCAUUCCAUGUUUUGUGGCAAAACCAUGCAUGUCCAAUACCGUGAAGUACAUUCGCCUGUCGCUAAAACCACCCCCUUUGGUGUAGCAUUGGCCCCACCACCAAUUAAUCUAACAAAAAGAUUGCUGGCUACUCCAAGUAGAGCGACUGAAGGUUCUAGAUUUCACACAAGCAAAACUCAGUUUGAAAUAUCCAAACCCAAGUUUAACCACUAUCCUUCAAAUACAUUCAAUAAGAGUUUUAACAGAAUUGGAGGAAAGUAUUCCAAUGGGAAACACUAUAAUUCAUUCAAGAGAUCAUAUGGUUCAGGUUAUAAUAAUAGUGGUGCGUAUGGCGGGUCCAACUAUAACCCUAGCAAACCUGGAAGUAAAUCUUUUGACAGCAAGAAGAAUGAUUAUUACACCUGGCUGGCAUCCAACCCCACCCAAUUAGGUCUUCAUGGUGAAUCCCCAUUCAAGGGAUAUCCUGGUAUUAGCCGAGAUAUAUCAGACUUCAAAUCCAAGAGAAGUUUGGAUGGAAAAAGUGAAGCUAGUGGUAGCCGUGGUAGUGGAAACAAGUAUGACCACAAGGCUAUGAAUAAUAAUAGCAGAGGUUCCAACAUUAAUAACUCUGGCUAUCCUCUUUUCUAUUAUUUUCCAAAUAAUGACUUAAUGGCCAAUUUUGCUGCUGGCAGUAGUUCUGGUCCUGCUCCUUAUUAUAAUAUUUAUCAGCAAUACUACCCUACUUAUGAUCCUAGCGAUUAUCCACCUACCAGUGGCACUCAUGCAUCAUUCGCUAUUCCAAAUUAUAUGUAUUAUCCUAGCGAAUCUGAAAUUGCUUCUAAUGAAAAGAAGACUUAG